AGCCACUAACUGAGUGUAACAGCCAUUUCCAAACAUGCCAAACACUGUGCUGAAAGAAUGUGACAAAAAAAGCAGCAGCGACUAAACUGCUCAGGAAUCAAAUUCAUGGGAAGAAAACAAGCCAUGCAUGAGUACAGUACAGUACAGUAACUCAAAGAUGACCACUCAUGAGAAGACAAUCAGCAAACAACAGAGACCAUCUGUAAGAAUCCCAUUUGGUCACCGACGUAGGACAGAUAUACUGCUCCUCAAAAACGGUCAAAUGGCGUCGAAACACCCACGAGCCUUUCCAAUGCUGGGAGAACUUCCUUCUUUGGCAGGUUUACUGCUCUACCCUGGUAAGCGGGAAAAGAUGGUAACCACAACAGAAACUGAAUUUGGACCCAAAACCUGCCCAAAGGCAGAGCCAAAGAAGAUCCUACAGUGCAACUUAACUCUAGAUGGUGACAGGAGUUUCAGCACAACAAAUAGAGAGGAUUUCCCUUAUUACAAAGCAGAUGGAACUCCAAUCGUGUGGCAUGGGAAAGUCCCAGCAAGAGAAAACAGGACUGGCCAAGCACAGAGAUGUUCUCUUUACCAGCAGGAAUUCCCAGCUCCUAAAAGAAUCUAUGUCAGGAGAAAUCGGGUCGUACCUCAUCCCGACAACCUGGCGAUCAACACCUCAAUGAGAGCUGAAUACAAAACAGUGCAGCAAGAGGCUUUCCCAGGCUGGGAUGUCUGUGUGCAUGCGCGCCCACCGCCUGCCCGACUUAACAGAACAGCUGUAGCUGACAGCUGAAGACCAGAGAAAACCAUCAAAGUACAUUUAUACACUGGAUGCAUAACACAAAAACUUAUUUAAAUCACAUAUUUGUAUUAUUCAGCUUUACUUUCGUGCAUUUAUCCUGUACUACAUGACGUUUAAUAUCUUUAGAAACUCGAAGAAAAUAUAUUUCUGUUUCAUUUUACAUCUGAAAAACUAUUUUACAGUACCGUUCACUACAUUAUUCUCCAUCAAUGUAUUACAUUGAUCAGAAGUGAUAGUAAAGCCACUUACAAUGUUUCCAAAACAUUCUAUUUC